UGUCCGAGAGCGAUUACGCGCACGCCGAGAACGUGUGGCAGCGGUUCUCCGUGCGAACGCUCGGAGAGUACAGUGAUCUCUACUUAAAAACUGACGUCCUGUUGUUGGCCGAUGUGUUUGAGAACUUUCGCGACAGUUGCGUCGCGAGUUACGGUCUCGAUCCCGCGCAUUAUUAUACCCUGCCCGGUUUCACGUGGGACGCGAUGCUUAAACACACGCGCGUGAAGUUUGAGUUGCUCACAGACAUAGAUAUGGUGAUGUUCGUCGAGCGCGGCAUACGCGGCGACCUCAGUCAGUGUUCCGGCAGAUACGCGCGGGCCAAUAACAGGUACAUGCAGGCGUACGACCCGUCGGAACCGUCGUCGUACCUUAUGUAUUACGACGUCAACAACCUGUACGGCUGGGCGAUGUGCCAACCGUUGCCCUACGCCGACUUUGCAUGGGUCGACGACGCGCACAAUUUCGACUAUACUACCGUCGCGUUGGAUUCGCCCACCGGGUACAUCCUCGAGGUGGAUCUCGAGUAUCCGCGGCGUCUCCACGACGCGCACGCCGACCUGCCGUUCUGCCCGACGCGCGCGAAGCCGCCCGGCAAGCGGGACGACAAGCUUCUCGCGACGGUACGCGACAAACAACGUUACGUCGUCCACUACCGCAACCUGCAACAGUGCACGCGUCACGGUCUUCGCGUAACAAAGAUCCAUCGAGUGUUGCGAUUCGCGCAAUCGGCCUGGCUCCGCGACUACAUCGAACUCAACACGCAGUUUCGAACGCGCGCGAGGAACGAUUUCGAGAAAAACCUGUACAAACUUAUGAACAACGCGGUGUUCGGCAAGACGAUGGAGAACGUGCGCGAACGCGAAACUAGUGACGACGUGGGAAGGACGGUAUGGCGCGGAGGCGUUGAUCGCGAAACCGAAUUUCCACAGCUGCAGCGUCUUCGCGGAGAACCUGAUAGCGGUCGAAUUGCGAAAACUAGAGGUGAAAUUCGACAAGCCGAUCUACGUGGAUGCAAGAUCGUGUGCACUGACACAGACAGUCUGAUCUACCAUAUAGAGUGCGACGACGUGUACGAAACCAUGAAACGCGACAUCGACAGAUUCGACACGAGCGACUAUCCCGCGAACAACGCGUACGGUAUGCCUCUCGCGAACAAGAAGGUGCCCGGUCUCAUGAAGGACGAGAACAACGGCGCCAUCAUGACCGAGUUCGUCGGACUCAGAGCGAAGAUGUACGCGCUGCGCGUCGACGGACAGAGGGACACGAAGAAGGCGAAGGGGGUGAAGAGCAGCGUCGUAGCGCGGACGACAUCGUUCGAGGAUUACACCCAGUGCCUGAAGGAGGACAUCGAAAUAACGCGCAGGCAGGCGUGCAUACGAUCCAAGUUACACCGGGUGUACACGGUGUCUGAGAAGAAGAUCGCUCUGAGUCCGUACGACGACAAACGGUACGUUGUACCGGACUCGACGAACAUACUACCGUGGGGGCAUUACCGGAUAGUGUAG